UGUCCCAGUUUUGUCCCAGUUUUGUCCCAGUUUUGUCUCAGUUUUGUCCCAGUUUUGCCCCAGGUAGUUCAAAACCCUGAAACACCCUUCCAAAUACAAUGUUGUCUAUAAACACCUAAAAUUGCUUGUCCUGCAAACAUUUUCAAUCAAUCAUAUUUAAACAGUAAAUUGCCUGAAGAGAUUAAGGGAGAAACAUAUUGUUGCUGUUAUGAUGGUUAUCUUAGCUUCUAAACACCACCCACUCAAGGAGAAAUGAACUUCAGUGGUGUUUGGCAGUAAGAGAUAAUUUUAUGUGAUGAUAUAAUUGACUUCUCUAUGUCUUAAUAUGAUAACCAGAAUGUGCAAUCGAGGCAUAAACUGAUUUUCGAUAUGAUGUAAUUGAUUAAAACAAUAAACUGAAGCGAAACAGUGUUUAGUGUUUACUAUUUAAUUAAUCAGUAUUCGAUAGAAUGCUUCAUGUUACUAAGCUCAGUCAAAACCUGUAAUUCCAGUAUAUUCAUAUAUUGCAAAUUUAUUUUGUUUUAACCAUACUUAAAUCUAGAAAAAAUUAACAAUUAAUCAUGAUUAGCUUAGUUUUAUUGAUUAUUAUUAGCACAAGCUGUGGAGAGAAAGUUUAUCACAAUAUAACUUGCAAGACUAUCGGAUUUGAUAUCAAAACUUUCAAGUAUCAUGUGAACUGUCCAGCAAAUUGUAUGAAGUAUUAUCAUAGGCUGUGGGGAAACAAGCGAUAUACUGCAUACUCUUCAAUAUGUGUGGCUGCCAUACAUGAUGGUAGAAUUACAGAUGCUGGUGGUAAAGUUACGGUUUAUACAAAGAUGGGACAAACUAGAUUCAGAGGAACUUUAAGGCAUGGGAUCCAAAGUUCUAGAAGGGAUGGUUAUCAAGGAAUUUCCUUCAAAUUUAAAAAAACAAGUGCAUGUAACCACCGGGAUGCAUUGGAGUCUUCCAAAGUGUACACUGUAAAAUGUCCUAGAAAUUGUCAUUUAAAUGUACCAGUGUAUGGAACAGGUGUUUAUAAACCAGAAUCUGGGAUCUGUAUGGCUGCCAUUCAUGAUGGGAUUAUCACAAGAGCAAAAGGAGGAAGUGUAACAGUCUAUAAAGCUCGUUUUGUUGAGAAGAAUGGUUUCCAUGGAACAAGAAGACAUGGUGUAACAUCUUUAAGCAGUAAAUAUUUUGAGAAAGCAUUUCUGUUUAAAGCUCCAAACAUAUCAUGUAACGCCAAUGGAAACAUGAUGAGUGAAUGGUUCUAUGGGUUUUGUCCACCUGGAUGCAAUGAAACAAACUAUCAAGUAAAAGGGGAUAAUAUUUAUACAGAAGAUUCAAAUGUGUGUGCAGCUGCUGUACAUGACGGACAGAUUAAAUCAGACAUUGGAGGAUUGGUGAGUGGAUAUAAAUUAUCAGGUUUGACUUCAUAUGUUGGAAACGUAAAGAAUGGUAUAACGAGUCAAACACACGGAAUAUACCAAACAUCUUUUACCUUUCAAAUAUCUUGCACCACAACGGCAGAACAAUUUGUAGCAGAACGAUUUAUGGUGAUUUGUCCUUUAUAUGUUCAUUGUUACCGAAUAAUUAAUACCUGGGAAUUUGUAUUCGGGUCAUUUGUGUAUGCAGAUAUUUCCAACAUAUGCUUGGCAGCAAUUAUGGAUCAAAAAAUAUAUCGCGUUACAGGUGGACCAGUGUACGUAAGACUAGCAAAAGGUUUGCUCUCAUAUUCUGGUCUAAGUAGUGGAAUAACAUCUAUUUCCAGCCGACCACACGAUGUUACACAACGAUCUUUUAUAUUUGAAGAUGCCACUGGAAUGGCACGGCAUGAAUCUUGUUUGUUACAAGGAAGUGACUUUAAUCAACAAAGGUUUGACGUUCAGUGUUCUGGCCAUUGCUUUCUAAGCACUGAUUCAGUGUGGGGUACUGGUAUUUAUGCUGAUCACUCAUACAUCUGCAGAGCUGCUGUACAAAACCGAAGAUUAGGAAGUGUUCUGUUUCAUACACCUUGUACCUGCAUAAUAGACACCUUACAUGUUGGGUUUGUUCUGUAAGACAUAACUUAUCCAUCUAUGUUAUAAAGUAAUUUGCCUCCAAUUUACUUUUAAGUAUGU